GGCUUUUGAUGAUUUCUUUUAAAGUGAAUAUACACAGGACCUUUAAUGUUGUUUUACAUGAUCUGGGUUGGCCUUGUGGAACUUUUAGGGGGCUUAAACAUCUGUGUCUGGGAAGCUCUGGCCUAAUAGUUUCAAACUAAUGUGAUUUUGUUCUGUAAUUGUUAUGAUUUUUUUUUUAAACUCACAAAAUGGCUGACAGCUAAUCACUUCCGGUUCACGUCACGCACACAGGAAGCUUUCACUUUCAUCCGCAUCCUUGUUAUCAUUAUUGUGACUGUAGCAUACAGCAAAGGAACUGAAGGCGCAACAGCCGUCACACCGCUGCGGCAGAUAUUACCACUGCGGCGAAAAACCUCAGCACAGCGCGGUUUUUCUACGCCUGUGGAGUCACAAACAAAAUGCCUUCUCCUAAAACUAAAAGCCCGGCACGGAGCGGAGGAAGCCCGGUCCUCGGUAGCUCUAACAACGGACGCUACGAGUUCAUGUCGCUGACGAAGCCCCUGAACCGGUCCUCGCCGCCGCAUCUUCUCCAGCGACAAGGUUCCGACCCAACCACAGCCCGGCUCCGAGCCUCUGAGAGCCCCACACGGCGGCGAGGCUCCAACUCGUCCACGGGCUCCGGGAGCGGUCUGCAGGAGGAAGACGGUAUACGGCUCAACCCGUCCUUCUUUCGCGUAGCGCUGAGCUCGCUGCUCGCCAUCGACCUGUGGCUGUCGAAGCGGUUGGGAGUGUGCGCCUGCGAGGACUCGUCGUGGGGAAGUGUGCGGCCGCUAAUGAAACUGAUUGAGAUAUCGGGCCAUGGCAUUCCCUGGCUGGUCGGUACCGCCUACUGCCUGUUCAAAAGUGACAGCGCUGCGGGACAAGAAGUCAUGCUCAACCUGUUCAUGGGUCUACUCUUGGACCUCAUCCUGGUUGGUAUUGUCAAAGCAGUGGUCCGUCGACGUCGGCCAGCUCAUAAUCGCAUGGACAUGUUUGCUACCUUUUCUGUGGACCGCUACUCUUUCCCGUCUGGCCACGCCACUCGCGCCGCCAUGUGUGGGCGCUUCCUUCUGGCUCACCUCGUGCUGGCUGCCCCACUGCGGGUCCUCGUCCUGCUGUGGGCCGGCCUGGUGGGGCUGAGCCGAGUGCUGCUGGGCAGGCACAAUGUGACUGAUGUGAUGUUUGGCUUCUGGAUGGGUUAUUGGCAGUACAACCUGGUGGAGAUGCUGUGGCUCUCACCUCAGACCCUUCAAGGGUUUCUGGGACAGUUAGCUUAACAUGAAGAAGAGACUGAAGAAGGAGGAGACAUGGCAGUUUGAAUGUUCAUUGUCACCUGCACAGCUCUUGUCCGUAGCUAAGACUGUCAAGAGAGAGAAGACAGAAAGCUGUAAAGACACCUGAAUCCAACUUCCACUCCUUAUUCAUCACACCAUGAUUUUAGGGCCAUUGCUGUAUUCACCUGUCCUUCUCGGCUAAAUCCAUUCUACUACGUUUUCAUUUGAAAAAAAAACUUAUUUUCAGAUUUAAAAAAAAUGUUUUUAAUGACAGCGGACAAAUAUUUGCCAAGUAACUGAUGGGAAAUGACGUGUGGUUAUACAACUCAAAUGAAUCUCUAGUUAAAUUAAUUUUUUAAAAGUGGAUCAAAUAGAUUUGUCUCUUCAGACCAAAAUGAAAAUGGGAAAAAAGGGAACUGUGUAGAGGGUGCGAGUCGGGUUUUAAAAUUUAGUUUGCCUCCGGUUGCAAAACUAAUUCUGUGCAACCCAUCCUCCUAUUGGACAAUACCAGGAGGUUGUGGAGGGGGUGUGUGUUAAUGUCUAUGAUGGCAUGCAGCUUCCGUGUACAGUGUCCGUAAUGCUGCUCCCCCAGCUAACAUCAGCAUAAAACAGUGCACUUGCCACUGUUGUUUGGUAGAACAUCUGCAGCAUGUCACUGCACACAUUGCAGGACCUGAGGAACAAGUGGCAAAAAGUGGCGACUCUGCCCCUUCCUGUACACUGCAUCUGUAUUAGCCCCAGCUAUUUGUGGGACUGCACAGUCUCUACCUCCACUCUCCCAGUGCACACUGACUGCCAUGGUGUUUUUGAUCUCCUGAAGUCCACCACCAGUUCCUUGGUUUGGUGGUGUUCAGGAGAAGGCCAUUCCUUGUGCUCCAGUCAGUGAAGGUCUCCACAAGGUCCCUGUAUUCCCCCUCCUGCCCACCGCGUGCACAUGCCACAACAGCUGUAACCCAGGUGAGAAGUAGAAGAAGUAGUGGAUCAUUUUGCCUUUUCCCAUAGCCUUCCUGCAUGGACUACCCUUUUUUCUCUGGCUCAUCCUGGGUUAGGAAACAUUAAAGAAAACCAGCUGGAUCUGCUUCAAAACGAGCCAAGUACUCCUGUGACAUGUCCAGCCUGGUGGGCUUUUAAUCAGGGGUCAAAAUCUGUGGCACCCAACGAGCAGAAACCUUCCUACGACAUGCCAAGUUAGUUGUGCAGAGUGUUCUUUACUCCUUCACUGGAGAUGCUCACACCAUUGGCUGUCAUCCAUCGCCAUGUGGUAAACACGAUCAGUGUAUUGCUGGGUGGUGGUUGGGAUCAGGAUCGGGACGCACUGACCUCGGGUUAUUUUCAUGGUUCUCCCUAACCCUCUUGAAUUGAGCUGCCCACUAUACAGUUGAUAAAGCUGGAGGAUCAUCCCCUAAUGUAGCAACCAUGUCAGCAGGAAUGUCCUUGUGGGCUAACCCCUUUUUUGCAGAUGUUUGGUAACACCACCGUGCCACAUUUUGUCCAUGCUCACAAAAUGUCUCUAGUACUGGUUUUUAAAGUCCUUAAUUAAGCUAUUGGGCUUAUCUGGAAGUUUAGUAUCAGGAAAGGUUGACCUGAAUGUGUGCCAAGUUUCAUUGCUGUUUGACAUUACUCCUCAAUCAGCCUGUGAACUUUUCAGUCCUCAUCAUACAUAAUCACGUGUAGUUGCUUUAAAAGAGAGAGCGUUCUAAAAAGGCCUUGGAUUGUACCUACAUUGAAUCUAAAUUGAUCUCUUUGAGUUGUAUAACCCGCAUGUCAGUUACUUGUCAAAUAUUUGUUUGUCAGAGAGUGGGGUUGUCUCAGUGUCAGUUUGAUAUUGUGUAAUUCCCAGGAUGACGAUCAACUGAAAAACAAAUCAUGCUGGUUUACUUUUUUGUCAUCAAGAUGAUAGUUUAUAUCUAGAAUGGACCACUUUUCUUUUCAGGCAGAAUGUUGCACUGUAAAAACUGUAGCACAUUACUUUUAAAUAUUAAUUAAAAAUAGACAUAGUCUUCCGCUUUGGAAAGUGAAGUCCAGUAAGUUGGAUGGAUGUAGCAGUUAGGCACCAGGGGGCGACUCCACUGGUUGCAAAAUGAACUUCUUUUGAAUUGAAGUUCAUGGGAAAAUGAGCUUCUACUUCUUUCUUGAUUUAAACCAAGCAUUUGUAAAUUAGGUUCACAUUAAGAGGAAGUGAAGGAGUAGACAGCAGUGUGAUUGACAGCUGGUAUCUUCAAUUAGGAGCCUGGUUGAAUCACAUACCUCAAGUCUUCCUAAUGGGUGCUUGAUUCACAACCAGAAGACUUUGUCCAUUUGUUUACGCAUUCAUGCCAGAGCUCCACAAAACUCUGUGUUUUGCUAGAAGUGAUUUUAUGUCAUGACUGACGGAGGAAAAGGAGAUCGUACAACAGUAAUAUGGUGCAAUAAUGAAGCAAGAUUGCUGCAAAUAGUUUGAGAAUGGCUGAAAAUGCCUAAAUGUGUCCAGUUUCCAUAACUCUGGAUUUUAAACACUUACAUAAAGGGAUAAAGGUAGCCACAUAAGUAACACACAUUCAGAAAUAACUAACAUGGGACAGCCCAUACCAAGUGAAAAGGGGAACUUGGCUUGUGACCAAAGGGUUGGCGGUAAUAACUUUGAGCAAGGUACCCAAUCUCCAUUAGCUCAUUGUUAAUUGGACACUCUAAAUGGGAGAGUUGCGUCAGGAAAGGCAUCCAGCGUAAAAACUCUGCCGACGCAAAUAUGUGGAUCAUCCACGGUGGCAUUCCCUAGAGAGGGAGAAGCUGAAAUAUGAGAAACAAAAAAGAGCUAUAACCCACCUAUCUGCAUGCCUUGCUUUGGUAAUGACACAAUCACCUUGUUGUGGUGAAGGAGACGGGUAUAUACAGUAUGCUGUCGUUAACGACCAUCUUCACUGUGCAGCGAGGGGUGUGGGACGUGUCACCAGUUUUGAUGUCAUCGUUUGGUUGCAAUAUCCAUCCAUCCAUCUUCUACUGCUUUAUCCUCCACAGGAGGGUCACCAGUCCAUCACAGAGACAAACCAUCCACUCUCACACUCACACCUACAGUUAAUUUAGAGUGUCCAAUUUACCUAAUCCCCAUAUUGCAUGUUUUUGGAUUGUGGAACCCGGAGAAAACCCAUGCACACACGGGGAGAACAUGCAAACUCCAGCGCAGAAAGGCCCUGGUUCCGACCGCGUCGCAAUCCCGGGUCGUCUUGCUACAAAGGCAAGAGAUAGAUCUGUAGAAAUCUGAUUCAAAUUGCAUUUCAAACCACUUUCAAAUGUGGUUCUAUGGGAAAAAAAAGUACCACAUGAAAACCCGGUCACACCAAAAUGCUCAUCUGUGGACAUGUAAAUAAUCAUUUUGUUCACAAACUUGAGUUCACACAUAAUUAAUGGUUUGCAGAAAUGUAGAGUGGCGUAAUGUGACCCUGCAGACUGGGUUGAGAUACAGUGUAUAGUAAAAAAAAAUGAUUGUCAUGUAAUUUUCCACAGUUUUGUGGAAACAAUCUUUAAAGGUCCAGUGUGUAAGAAUUAGCGACGUUGAAUAGUGAGAUUGUAACAAACGGAGGGCAAUCUCUAAUUAUUUUAUAAUCGAUUAAUCUGUCGAUGAACUUGUUUAGGAAAAUGUUGAUGGAUAUUUAACAAACCUGGGAAUGACGUUUUCAAAUAUCUUGUUUUGUCCACAAACCAAAAUGAUUCAAUUUUAAAAACCCCAGAAAAUAUUUACGUUUAAGAAGCUGGAAAAUCAGAUCUUUAUGCAUCAGGUUUGUGUGAACAGAGCCAUUUUUUGUUUUUGUAGACGGCAUUUGCUACAAAAUGUGAAACAUCUGUGUAAAAAUGUAUUCUAAAAUGAAUUCUUACCAUUUUUAAGUAGUAUGUUGUAGUUUAGCCUAAAUGUCACACACUGGACCUUGUAGUUGUGGACGGUGUUUGCGUAAUAUUGUCCUUUAACUCUGAAGACGCACUGCUUUUACCGACGGCACCAGUUUUUAUUCACGUCUUGUGGCAAACGUCACAGUCGGAGUGUUUGUAUGGAAUCUGCAAUCCUCACGUUUAAUAAUUAAACCACAUCCACGCAAUACUUCCUACACGGAGAUCAGACAUUGGGUGGUUAAGAUGUUGCACACGCACACCUCAGCACUGCCAAAAAGCAAAACGUGUUCAUGUGCAGUUGCACUGUGACUCCCGUGUGCUGUUCUGUUUUUCAUGAAUCAUUUGUGUGUGUGACUGUCGUGUUUCUUUGUAAUUAUAUAACAUCUUUUUACUACUUCUUUGACAGAAAGAAUGUUAUACACGUGUGUGUGUGUGUUUGCAGCUGGCGUCAUAUUGUGCGUCCAGACGUUCACUGAUUUACAUGUGUCGACCUCUUGCAUUCUGUGCCCUCUCUCUGCAAUAACUGACCAAUGAUUUUCCCAACGAUAGAUGACCAGCAGGUGAGGUGGCAGCUUCCAGAGGCUGACAUUAUGUUUAUCACAGUCAUAUGUUUGUGUUUGAAAUAGAUUUUUUGCACAUUCCACCUCCCAAAUUGCACAUUGUACUUUUUUGCCUGCUAUAUGAUAAUAUAAUUAAAAAGAUGUUGAUGCCUCUACUGUAAAUAUGUCUGUAAGGGUAUGUGAUUAAACUGUGUUAUGAUAAA